AUGGAGGAGGAGAAGAAAGAGCAUCAUCUACGUACGAAUCAACUCAUUAAUGGUUCGAGGAGAGUACUAGAAGUAGAAGACGAAGAGCUGCGAAUUCUUUCUCCAAAGGUUAUGACUAGAGGGAGGAGAAGAAUCAAGUACUGUGGGAUUGCAAUCGCAGUUGUUCUGCUCCAGAUUGUUGUUCUAGGUGUGCUUUGCCUCACUCUCUUUCGCUUUAAAGAUCCGAACAUCAAGUUGGAUUCAACUAUUGUGGAGAAUCUGAACGUGGGAUUGGUGAGUACGCCCUCCACCAUCAACAUGAGUCUGAGUCAAGAAAUUCUGAUCAAGAAUCAGAACUGGGGUGGGUUCAAGUAUGAUGAAAGUGCUGUGGUUAUUUCCUAUGGGGGUGUUACAGUUGGUCAAGGCACAAUUUCUAAAGGUUCUAUUAAGUUGAGAAAGAGCAAGAUGGUUAGUGUUGUGGUGGAGGUAAAGGUUGAAGAAGUAGGCAAUGAUAUUAGCUCAGGGGUUUUGGGUUUGAAGAGCUAUACAAAGAUUAGUGGGAAGGUCAGUAUGGUUGGUAUGGUGAAGAAAAGAAGAACUGGGGAGAUGAAUUGCAGCUUGAAUAUUAGUUUGGCCAACAAGAAAAUCCAGGACUUCAAUUGCCACUGA